AUGAACAUGGAUAUCGAUGUGCACUUGACGCAACUCCUGAGCAGCAUGACACUCGAUGGUACCAGUAGGUGGGGCAGCGCUGGCAUCGCAAGCGAAGGGCAAGCGACGUCACCAACGGUCGGUCACCAAGACGCGACCAUGUCCGACGCGUCAGACACAGAGGAUUCGAGUUACCAGCUCGAGCAGCCAAGAAGCCCGUCGGCAUCCUCAAGUUGCACAAAGACCGCCGACGAGCCGCCGCCUUGCGGCUGCGCGCUACUGCAGUGGCUACGAGGCCAACUGCAGGCGGGCCAGUACGCCACCACGGGCGGCGACUACCUCGAGAUCAUCUUGACGCACCGGGACGCGUUCUACGCCUUCCCGGACGGCCACCGUACGUGCGCCAUCGGCUUCAGUGAUAUUGCCCUGGACCUCGAGCGGCGGGAGACGAGGCCGGAUAGGGAGAGCGACCCGGAGGCUGCGGCAGCGUUCAGACAUGAGGCGAUUGUGAUUGCGAGCAGCGGCAUCUGGUCACAGCCCACUAUAUGA